AGAGAUCACGUGGCUGGGUAACCACAUGACUUCAACGUUUCCAGAAAAUACAGGAAGAAAACAAAGAAACGACCAGAAAAGAUAUUGCUGUGACUCAAAGGAAGACGAGUUGGUUUUCUCUCUGAUUAAAUGUUUUCUUGAAACGAUGUCGAUGUCUACGUUUCAGAAGGUGACACUCGUCUCCUGUGUCGUUCUCUGUAUUUCCCUGCUCCUUCCCAAAAUGCUUUUAUCCAGCAGGAAGAAGGACGCAGGACAGCAGGAGGCAGGGCCAGGUCGAUUCCCUCCCAUGAUGCACCGCCAAAAGAUGUCCAUCCCCAAGUCUCACAAUGCAGAGGCUGUGGCCAAGGCAAAGGGGGCCAGCGGAGGGGGAGGAGGGAUGGGAGGAGGGAGAACCAGUUUCAUGGCACAGAUCAUACCAGUAUACGGCUUUGGAAUCCUCUUAUACAUCCUAUACAUCCUCUUCAAGAUUACCUCCAAGGGCACAAAUACCAAACGUGAUCAGAGACUCCCUGCUUUAAAUAACAGAAACACGAAAACGAAAAUCACGAAUUAUGAACUCGCCCAGCUUCAGGAGAAACUGAAGGAGACAGAGGAGGUGAUGGAGACGAUCGUCUCCAAAGUGGAACACAAUCCUGACACGAUUAAAAGCGUCACUUCAGAGCACGAAGAAAAAUUACUCCGACAGCUAAAAGAAAUCACUCGGGCGAUGCAGGAGGGAAAGCUGAUCGAGGGAAUCUCCCCCGAGAAGGAGGCUGAGGAAGGCCCAUACAUGGAGGAUUGGGAAGGUUAUCCUGAGGAAACCUUCCCUAUCUAUGACGAACCAGCCAAUUCCAAACAUAAGUAUGACACAAUUGUGGUGGAUCGCUUCGACCCGGAUCAACCAACCGCCGAAGAGUUAGCUGAAAGAGUAGGGGAAAUGGAAACCAUGGCCCAGGAGGAAGGUCAGGAUAUUGAUGGGAAGAGAGAAAGUGGGAAACAUACCAGCUUCUGUCAAGAUGAAGAACAAGAGGAUUACAGUGAGUGUGAAGAUGAGGACCCAGUAGUGAUAGCCGAGAACACUGGCUUCACCUGCGAGAGCUUUAGUGAUGAGGAGGAGCUGUGCAGGGACCUCUCUGAUGCCGAGGACACUGUUGAGAAGAACCACAAAGAAAUCGAAACGGCAAGAGAGGAGCCGUUUGGAAUGAUCGGAAAGCGCAACAGGAAAGGAACGCAGUGAAUGGGGUUCAAACAGGAUAACCUAAAACGUAUAUCCAUAGUACAUGAGUCUUUCUUUUUCAGUCUCAAAAUAAUACAUGUUUAAAGAAGUGCUAGCCAAGGUUUGAAAAUCCAUUUUCUUACCUCUUAUUAGCGCUAGAAAUAUUCCCACUGCCUCCUGCCUUCUUCUGUUGAAGGUGCUUUGCUUGUCUUUCAUAUAUAGACAUUUCAAGACAAUGAUAUGUUUCAGUUUAAUUGACUUAAAUGGUGACCUACAGGUACGGUACGAGUAUGCAGCUGCUUAUCUAUGGCAUUGGUUACCUAUGCGUUCUCAGCAUGAGAGAUGCAAAGGAAAUGCAUGUAGCUUCAAACAGCUUAUUUUUUUUCAAGCAACACUAAACUUUUUAUUUAGUUGAACUCACAGUGCAAUCCCACAUGAAGUAAGACAGAAAUAAUGCAGUCUUGAAACAAGAAAAAGGAUCUGUCUUUUUAACGUGGUGCUGCUCACUUACAGUCUUCUCUUUAGUUUUAGUUACAGUGAUGCAGCCAUUUCCACCCUCCCCAUACCGUUCCACUAUUAAAUACAAGUGAAGUGCCUACCCACUAGGGCUGUCAGUUAAGCCUCCAAAUAGCAAUCGAUUAAUUGGGCGCACAAAAUCGAAUCGUUCGAAUAAAUAUAGAUGAUUGUACUGCCCACAUACAUUUUUGCUCCAUUCCUCUACCCCCGACGAAGGGGUAAUUGGUAGCGUCAGAAGAAAAAAAAAAAAAACACAACAACAUUCGCAACAAGCCUAAAGCAAGUUUAACAUACUACAGCAGUGAUACUAAAAUAUUUAUUCCAAAACAGAUUAUAGUACUUUUUUUUAUUCAGUAACAGCUGCAGCAUCACGCAUUGCAUCUUGUUAAUACUGUACCAUCUAACCUUCACUAUCUGUGAAAUACACAAUGCGGAAAUCCCUGCCUAAAACAUUAUCAUCAUCAUCAUCAUCAUAAUAAUAAUACAAAUAAGUUGAUUUACUUACCACAACAUACACACCCGCUAUAGGUCAAGAUGAUCGUUACUCUAAAAUUGCGUUUAACAUCACUGAUCAUUUAUUUAUUUAUUUAUUUAUUUAUUUAUUUAUUAACUUUAUUAAAUAUUGUUAAAUAUUCAUUAUAUAACAGUUCAUUUUGAAACUCCAAAGAAGCGCAAACUAUAUACAGUCAGUUUUCUUUUAUUUACAGGCUGUUUGCCAGGAAUACAAGCCUGUAGAUCCAAGGCGGCGCGCUAUUUCUUUUUAUUUUGUUUUUUACAUCAAAAGGGGUGUGCUUACAAAGCAUUUUCAAAACUGAUUCGCUGGUAGGAUGGAACCAGCAAAUCAGAUGCUGGUUAACACGAGCAGGAAAAGAAGAGCACGCCCACUGCUUGUCUGGCAGAAAUACUGUAAAUAGCAAGGCAGGGCGUUCGCUGCAUUCUCGUUGAUAAACUUAAAUAAUAUUAUUAACUAUGCACGUUCCAAAAAUGUAAUUAUUGAACCGAUUAAGCAGUAUUUAUAUCGAUGUAUAUAAUGAGGAAUGGAAUCGAUCGAUGAAAUCUAUUUUCGAUUUAAUCGUAGCAGCCCUACUACCCAGUCCCUACCCCUCUAAAUAUGAUUGUGUUUCGACCAUAUAUUAACCAAUUUUACUGUACUGUAUAUAAAAGUACACUCAUUAUUUUGCAAAUGUUCUGUACCCUGUCUUACUUACGUUUUGAAUUUAUUUAAAUCACUUUAGCUCUAAACACUGAAAUAAUUAAAAUGAUUCCUGGUAAAUUUCCGUUAUUUGUUAUUGUACUGUAAACCUGAGUGUAUGUACUGUGUAACUAUUUAUUUAUGUAUUUAUUUAUAUUAUUACUGUACUGUAUGUUGUCUUGAUCUUGUAGGAAAUAACACAAGGAUAUUUACAGUAUUACUAAGUCGGUGUGGUUUUCAUAAUAAAUUGUGAAAGCUUAUCUUUCAGAGCGUAGAUCAUGUUCAGUAAUGUGCACAAGGACAUCAAAAUCUAAUUUGUGUUAGAAAACAUCACUUAAGGUAAGGUUAGGAAAUGCAAAUUGCAUGCUGCAGCACAAUCAUUCACAACUAAGAGUGAUAACACUAGAGUAAUUGUAUUCAUAUUCACAUUCAUAGUUCAUGUGGAAUGCAAUAUACUUUGUAGGUUUUCAGUGUAGCUGUGCCUAUGGAACUGCCAGAUCCAAAUGCUUACAAAUUUCGUCUCAUCACUACACUCAAUAAAUUUGUUUUAGAAAACUGAA